AUGCCUUCCAUUCCUCGCAUAGCCGAAAUCACAACGCCUGCAAUUGAUACAGCCACGAGUCUUAUAAAGCGAACUAGCAUGUCCAACCCAGACAAAUACCCCCUCUACGUCUUCCUCAUUAUUCUUGGCUGUAUCGUCGGAACCCUCAUCGGAUUCAGCAUAUACAUAAUGUACCACGGCCUUGACGACUCAGACCGAGCCAGGGAUAUCCCAUUCGAACAAAGAAAAUACAUGCGUGAGAGCAGACAGCGAAACCUGAAUAGGCUGGCUGUGGAGGCUCGGAGGCCGGAUAUGAUUAUUCCUGUUGAGCAAUUGAAUGUAUGA